GGUCUCUUCUGAGCAAGGUGUGUCAGGAAUCAGCUGUGUAACUGACAUCAGCACAUGGACUGUACGUCGGAAGAGAGUGCUCGGAGAACAGAUUCACAGGCCUUGCCGGAACCGGAAGGCUUCCCAGAGGCCGGAGGUGAUGAUGGACUCUCUGAAAGCUUCCAACUUCUGCAGAUGGAUGUGCAGUCCAAGCAUGAAGAGGAGACCAGCCCUGCACACAAUAAAGAAUCACACAGUGCCUCAUGGAGCUCGAAAAAUGUGCAAAGAAAACAGAGACACUGGGAAAGGAUAGUCUCCUCAAAGAAGAACAAGAGGAAGCAGGAAAGAGAAAGAAGGAAAGCCAAGCGUGCAGAAGACCCCAGCAACGGCACCUGCCUACAGCACAGCAAACGUUUUUUGAAAGCCUUAACCAAAGAGAAACUUUUGGAAGCCAAACACUCAGGACCAAGACUGUGUGUUGACUUGAGCAUGUCAAAGAAGGAAUUGAGUAAGCUGGCCGGACAGAUUCGAAGGUUGUAUGGUUCAAACAAAAAAGCCAGCAGGCCCUUUUGGAUUGUUCUUACUGGAUUCUCAGCUGACAGCACCCUCUAUGAGGAAUGUCUGAGGAUGAAUGAUGGAUUUUCCGCUUACUUGCUAGACAUGACAGAAGACGACUGCUUUAGCCUUUUUCCUCUGGAAACCCUCGUGUACCUGACUCCUGACUCCGAACACCCCCUUGAAGACAUUGAUCAGAGCACAGUUUAUAUUCUGGGUGGACUUGUGGAUGAGAGCAUUCAGAAGAAGGUGACAUUUCAAAAAGCCCGAGAAUACUCUGUCAAGACAGCCCGCUUGCCAAUCCAGGAAUACAUGAUCAGGCGCCAGAAUGAGAAAAACUACCAUUCAGAAAUACUGGCCAUCAACCAAGUGUUCGAUAUCCUGUCUACUUACUUUGAAACUCAUGACUGGCCUGAAGCAUUGAAGAAAGGCGUUUCUCCAGGAAAAGGCUACAUCCUUCGGAAUUCAGUGGAAUGAUGAGCAGCCUAAGAUUCUAACUGAAGGGGUGAAGUGCCAGAGGUUCUUGACCAAAGGACAGGACAAGGCAAAGGGUGGAAAUGGCACAUACAUGCCUCUGCAUGCUAUCUCGGAUCCUUGAAAGCCAUGAGUGGCAAGGACCACAUUUUAUGCUAUGUUACCCACAAUGCCUGGCUCACUGGAAAUGCCCUGAUAAACAUUAUGGUUAAAAAAAAGUUUGUGGGGGCUGUAGAGAUGGCUCAGUGGUUAAGAGCACCGACUGCUCUUCUGAAGGUCCUGAGUUCAAAUCCCAGCAACCACAUGGUGGCUCACAACCAUCCAUAAUGAGACCUGAUGCCCUCUUCUGGUGUGUCUGAAGACAGCUACAGUGUGCUUACAUAUAAUAAAUA